UACAUAUAUUUGUGUAUACAUGUGUGUAAAUCUAUAACCUAUAAGAUCAGUAUAAAAAUUAAUUAUCAUAUAGUACUAUGUAGAUAAUUAAAAGGAAUUAUUGAAUGAAAUAACUUUAAAAACCAAAACUAUUAAAGAAUUAAUAACAUGAAAUAUAUUUUUAAACUGUGAGAUAAAUGGAUUUUCUCCGUUUUACUAAUCAUUUUAUCCUUGUAAAAUCUGGAUUGAAAAUUAUUUUAUCUCAGUUAAGACAUCAAAAAACGUUUAAUAUACAACAAAAUAAUUUAGAAAGUGCAAAAAAUAAAAUAGAUAAAAAGACAAUACUUAAAUUGGAAAGACUAGCUCUAGUGGGUUUUGGUGAUGAAGCUGGAAUCAAAAGACUUGAAGCUGCAAUUAAAUUUACUGAACCUUUAAAAACACUUCGGGUUAAUGAUUCAGUCAAGCCUAUGUACAAUAUAUUAGAAAAUGAAAAUCUUCGAUUAAGAGAAGAUAAAGUAACAGAAGGCGAUUGUCGUAAAAAAAUAUUAAAAAACGCUACAAUUACAGAAGAAGAAUAUUUUGUAGCACCACCUAGAAAUAUUCCUCUUGAGCAAUGACUGUUAAUAAAAUCCUGAAAGAUCUAGG